GUAACUUUUGAAACCAGUCCACAAACAUGAAUUUGUCUAGAGCUUCACCAGUUGGGCAAUGUCUGGACAUGUGCCCAUUUAAGGAGAGGAAACAACGGGAGCAACAAGGGCGUCUGCAUAAAUACGAGAUAUUAGAUGGGCAAUGGACAGGUAGGGGACAAAGACUUAAAAGGCUACCACUUGCUGAUCCUGCCAAAACCGUAAAAGAAUACAGUCGUCCGGCAGCAGGAAAAGAGUUGUCCUCACCGCGUGACCUCCGGCCAUCAUCCGUUCUUUUAAAGACUGUACAAUACCUGCUUUUUGAAGUGUGGGAUCGUGUUAUUGACAGUGAUUCGGUGUCUCUGGCUGAGGCUUAUUCUUUUGUAUUUGAUCGCCUACGGGCAGUGAGACAGGACCUUACAGUACAGAGGAUCAGAGGUCAUUCAGGUGCCCUUGUUUUAGAGGGAAGUCUUGGUUUUCUUCUCUGUUCUCCAUACCUGGUGAGAGAGCUGCCUUUGGGGAGCUAUGAUGAAGUGCUGCAUGCGAAUCAGGUGCGGGAAAGUUUUGCUGAACUUAUGGAAUGUUACAGAACAGAACCAAAAUGCCAGAGGGAAGCUGAAUUUCAAGCCCUGUUACUGCUGUAUGAUUUGGGAAAUAUGGACACUUUAAAUCGGGCUCUGAAACUACCUCGUGGUGUUGUUGAUUCCCCGCAGGUACUAAUUGCACUGGCUGUAAAUAGAGCACAUUUGGAAGGUAACUGGACACGACUGUUUCGAUUACUUCGUAGGCUUGACUGUCUACAGACCUGCGCGUUUUACAGACAUCUGCCAAAAAUACGUGACCGGGCUCUGAGAAUUCUAACGCAUGCUUACAACAGCCGGAACUGCCGUUUUCCACUUGAUCUUCUUGCAUACCUACUGGUUGUUGACAAUAUUGAGGUGGCCAGGCAGAUGUGCAUAAGGAGAGGCUUGUCCCUUGCACCAGAAGACCAACAAUCCAUAAUUUUCUAUAAAACCUCUUUUAAGGAUUUGGGUCCUGAAGGUCCUGGGAAAGAAGGUCAUCUAGUGGAAAGGAAGAAAGGGGACUUUACAUGGGCCGAGAUCAUGUUGGGAGAGGAUGAAGGGGAGUUUGCGAGAUCAUCUAAGCAAUUAAAAUCUCUGUAUUAGAAACUGGA